AAAUGAUGAUAUAAAAUAAGUAAUGUACUAACUGUAUUUACAGUGGUUGAUAAAUACUUUUACAAAAGCAUUAAAAUGUGUCUAUCAGUACAGUCCUUGAUUAUGGAUUCUCAGAAGGAUUGGUACAGACCAAGUGAUCAACAAUUAGGAAUUUUUUAUCAGUCUUUAUUAAGGCCUAAGUUCAUUUUAAUCAGGUAAAAUAAAAAUUACUUCUCACAACUAUUUUGCUAAGUGCAUAAGUACUACUGUACUAUAAUAACUUUCUCUGAUAUAUAGAGGAACAUUUGCAAUAGUUAGAUAAACUCAAGAGCUGAUAGUAAUAUCAGCAGAUUAAGAGGUAAAACGCCCAGUUUUGUUAUAGAUAGGUGAACGCCUCAAUGCAAUGCUGUGCUCCACAAUUUUAACUCUGAUUGUCCUGUUUGUUAAUUCGACAAAUGGGUGGCAAUGGCCUCAAUUUGGUAGCUGCCCUCAAAUGGAGGUCAAAGGAAACUUCAACCUUCAGGAUUUCUUGGGCAUUUGGUACCAGCAAGCCAGUGCCAACAUGGAGUUUGAGGGAAGAGGACGGUGUGUAACCGCUAACUACACUAAUGGAGAAAAAAGCAAUACAGUGGACGUAAUCAACUCUAUUAUCAGAGAACCAUCCAACAAAAUUUUCACAAUGGAUGGUACCAUGGUGCUUGAAGAUCCAAGCAAGAAUGAAGGCAAAUUUGAGGUUAUUCUUCCAACACACUUUAUGUGGUGGAACACCGAUAUUAAAGGAUCUUUCUGGGUUUUGGACACGGAUUACGAGUCUUACAGUGUUGGUUACAGUUGUGCGCAGUUUUUUCUGGUUCUUCCAUGA